UAUGGCAGUCCGGAGACGUGUAACUCGUCAGGCUCGGUAGCUACGGGGCAGUUGUCUGGACAGGUUACUCGCCAGCUAGAAGCUUGGUAAAUGUGCAACCUUGAAAGUGUCAUAAUUAGGCACAGAUAUGCGCGCUGAGUGUGUGAAAUGUUAUGACGAGCAGGCCUCGGAAGAUGGGGCCGACGCCCAGCCGGGAAUGGAGCAGGCCUCGGUCGAUGGGGCCGACGUCCAGCCGGGAAUGGAGCAGGCCUCGGUGGAUGGGGCCGACGUCCAGCCGGGAAUGGAGGUGCCGCUGAUGAACAUUAAGUCGUGUACGGAGGAGUUCCUGGCAUCCAGUGGCCUGGACUACACCACGUUCCGGUUGUGUGGGUUUCAUCAGCAGGCCUCGGAAGAUGGGGCCGACGCCCAGCCGGGAAUGGAGGGGCACGGGAGGGAUACCCAAGGGGCACGGGAGGGAUACCCAAGGGCACCAAAGGGACACGUGGAAGGGACACGUGGAAGGGACACNCAAGGGACAUGGGAGAGACACCCAAGACACCCAAGGGACACCCAAGGGACACCCAAGGGACACCCGAAAGACAGGGAAGAGACACCGAAGGGACAUGGAAGAGACACCGAAGGGACACCAAAGGACACAUGGAAGGGACACCCAAGGGACUCCCAAGGGACUCCCAAAAGACAGGGAAGAGACACCAAAGGGACAUGUAAGAGACACCAAAGGACACCAAAGGACACCAAAGGACACGUGGAAGGGACACCCAAGGGACAUGGGAGGUACACCGAAUCAAGACAAUUUAAACGUGAAAAUCCACUCUGGAAGCAAAUGGACUUCCCAUUUUCGAAUGUACAGCGAAAGUAG